AUGUCGCAAACAAGACCUGAGAAAUUGCGUACUCGGACACUGACCGGUUGUUACACCUGUCGGGAGCGCAAGUUGAAAUGCGACGACACGCGACCUGCUUGCAAACGAUGUAUCGCGCUCGGCGUCGAGUGUCAAGGCUACGAGGUCAAAUUGUCCUGGCUGGCUUAUAAUCAAGACCAGCCCCGCGCGAAGGAAACCGACACUGAAUCCGUCCGUACGAGGAGCUCGGCCAAAGGCAAGAAGAAUGGCUCCGGAGAGCCGGCCCUCCGCCGCCGUCCCUUGUUCACCGACCGUGAAAGGCUUGAUAUGAUCCAUAAGAUACAGAAAGACUUCGUGGAUGGUGACCAGGAUGGGAAUCUCAAUCGCGCCCUGGAUGACAUUGAUGCCUUGGGUGAAGACCCGUCUCUUCUGCCACGUUCCGGCCACGACGUUGGUCCUUUUGGUGUCUUCUUUCUCGAUUCAUUCUGUCAGUCUGGAACGACGGAGGACGAGGCCCUCCAUACGCCCGAGACAGAUGCGCAAUCCUCAAUCCAUAGACAGAGCGAGCCAAGUCCAGAGGGCGUGGGGACCGCGAUGUACAAUAUCGAUCAAGUUCAAGCUGUCCCGGGCGAAGACCUCGCUAUGCCCUGGCUCGACGGUGUGGGCGAGCUUGUCAUGCCCUGGAUGGAGGUUACUCAAGAGAACCCAGGGUCUACCAUGGCAGACCAUCUGCUCCAACCCGGACCCUCCGGAAUCACAGGUCAGACGGCCGGCUAUGACUAUUCCACAGGAGCGUUCGAUGCGCCCGAAAUGUUACUGGCCGGAGCGACCAUGCACGGCCUUUUCGCACCUUUCUAUCAGGACACAUCACCCAUGAUGCGGACGAGGGGUGGUGAUACUCAAAGGCAGAACACGACGCUGGCCGCAACUGUGGAACAAGCCCAUUGGUCCGGUCAGCCAACACUGAACCGAAUCCCGAGGUCGCUGUCCAAUAUCGAGAACAUAUCCAAGAUUCCAUCCGAAGCUCGCUUCCUACUUGAAUACUAUUCCACAGAAGUGGUCGACUACAUGUGUCAUCUUCCGAAUCCCCAGUCCCCAUGGAGGACCAUUCACUUCCCGUGCGCCAUGAGCACAAUGGCAGACCUGCUCGUGUUCGGAAGCACCAACAGCGCCAGAAUGGCGCUCUUUUACGCCCUCUUGUCAAUCGCGGCGAACCACUUGGGUUCGAAAAUCCCUUGGUCCAUGCAACUUGAAAAGCGGUCACAGGAUGCGACGAGGUACUCUGGGUCAGAUCCCGUCCCAUCGGACUCGAAUGAGAUGUGCAACUAUUGGCAGGCGAAAGGAUCUUCUUUUCAGGACAUGGCCACCGCUCAAAUCCAGUUGUGUUUACAAUCCCAGCAGGAACAAUAUGACGAUCAAGAAGUGUACCGAGAACUGUUGAUGACCUUGCUGAGCAUGGUGACCAUCAGUGUGACCAGUGGCAAGCUCAACAAUGCCCAUAUCUACCUGCAACACGCGAAAAAGAUGAUUGAGAUGUAUGUUGGAGCGCGGUCACGGAACUCGUCAUUCAAGUCCACCAAGGUGGCGGCAUUGCACCAAAUCUACUCCUAUCUAUACAUAAUCUACAACAGCACUCACGUCUCCAAGGUACUGCCGGGCCCGGCCCAGGGGCAAUAUGAUCUGACACAGCCACAUGCUGGUUCAGGCUCACUGAGCUUCAGGCCGCGCCCCUUGGGGCCACAGUUGUCACCGGCUCUCCACACCAGUCUCGAUUCUCUGGCUCAGCACAAAGAUGACUACGAUUUGUUUGUCCGGAUAUAUGGUGUGCCCCGAUCUCUUUUAAGCCUGAUAUCAAAGGCGUCGAACCUCGCCAAAGAGCUGGAGGAGGAUGGGCAGACGCCCAACAGCAGCUCCUCUGCUAGUGGUGACUUUCGGCAUCGGUGCGAGGUUCUUGAGGAAGAGAUCUGCAACUGGCAGCCUUUAGACCACGAGAUGUCUGCAGUCGAGGGGUCGUCGGCGUACGAUCCUCAGAUUGGAUCGCACCUUGUCCAAGCCAUGCAUCAUGCUUUGAUUGUGAUGUUCUUCCGCAGGGUGCGGUCGGUCAACCGGAUGGUACUGCAGCAUUACGUCGAGAGCGCGGCGGAUCACCUGAACGAUCAGGAAGAGGUCAAGAUGCGGACUGGCAUCAAUGCGCCGGCCCUUCUAUGGCCUUGGUUCAUGGUUGCCUCGGAGGCCAUUCGAGAACCGAUCCGGCAGAAACUGCGCAUGUGGGCCAGUCUGGCCCGGCGAUACGGCGGACGAAACCUCGAGAUUGCCGAGCAGGUGGUCAAUGAAGUCUGGAGGAGGCAGGACCAGAAACUGCCAGACGCUUCAUGGGUACAUGUGGUGCAAGAAUGGGAUGCCACGCUUGUCCUGACGUGA